UCUUCCUCCUCGAUUUUCUCUCCUCUCUCUCCUUCUCUGUCUCGUCUCCUCCCCCCUCGUCCGCGCCUCCCAUUUGGUCGUCUCGUCUCGUCUCGUCCCGUCCCGUUCCGUCCCGCAGAUCCGCGAGCGCCGGGGCUCUAGAGAGGGAAGAGAGGGACGCGCGCGGAGCAGAUGGCGUCGGAGGCGGGGGCGAGCAGCAAGGUGGUGCUGGUGACGGGCGGGGCCGGCUACAUCGGCAGCCACGCCGUGCUGCAGCUGCUCGCCGCGGGCUUCCGCGCCGUCGUCGUCGACAGCCUCGCCAACUCCUCCGAGCUCGCGCUCCGCCGCGUCGCCGCGCUCGCGGGGGACCAGGCCAAAAACCUCGCGUUCCACAAGGUUGAUAUCCGUGACAAGGAUGCACUGCACAAGGUUUUUGCUUCAACAAGAUUUGAUGCUGUUAUUCACUUCGCUGGACUGAAAGCUGUUGGAGAAAGCGUGCAGAAGCCAUUGCUUUAUUACGACCAUAAUGUUGUUGGUACAAUAAAUCUUCUGGAAGUUAUGGCAGCUCAUGGAUGUAAGAAGUUAGUGUUCUCAUCAUCAGCUGCAGUUUACGGAUCACCUAAGAAUUCACCCUGCACCGAAGAGUUUCCUCUCACUCCACAUAACCCAUAUGGCAGAACCAAGCUUAUGGCUGAGGAGAUAUGCCGUGAUAUAUACCAUACAGAUCCUCAAUGGAGUAUCAUUUUGCUUAGGUACUUCAAUCCGGUUGGGGCUCACCCCAGUGGAUACCUUGGUGAAGACCCAUGUGGAACUCCUAACAACCUUAUGCCCUUCGUUCAGCAAAUUGCUGUUGGGAGGAGGCCAUCACUAACAAUCUUUGGAAAUAACUAUGCAACGAAGGAUGGGACAGGGGUACGUGAUUAUAUUCACGUGGUUGACCUUGCUGAAGGACAUCUUUUCGCAUUACGGAAGCUUUUUGAAAACUUAUCUAACAUAGGAUGUGAAGCAUACAAUCUUGGAACUGGAAAGGGGACAUCAGUGUUGGAGAUAGUCAAUGCAUUUGAGAAGGCUUCUGGAAAGAAAAUUCCUUUGGUCAUCGGUCAACGGCGCCCUGGUGAUGCUGAGAUUCUCUUUUCAUCGACUGCAAAAGCAGAGAGAGAGCUCAACUGGAAAGCGAAAUAUGGCAUCGAAGAAAUGUGCAGGGACCUGUGGAACUGGGCUAGCAAGAACCCUUAUGGAUAUGCGGCAUCUGAGUCUUCCAAGCAGAAUGGUAAUUCACACUGAACAACACCGAUUGUUCUGUGUGGACUCACUUGUACAUGCAACGUAGUGCCAACCAGGAUAAAUGUAGAUCUAGUCAGUCAGUCAUACAGAGAAAAGUUCUAUAGGCUUAGGAAGAAUGUUAUCUCCUAGCAUAAAUGCUCCAGUAUCGGUAUAACUCAAUCUUCUAAAUGCAUAUAGUUUAUCAAACUUUUGGGAGCAUUUCUAUAGUCAAUCAGCUAAUUCAAUUCUUUUGCUGCUUAUUGAGUUGUGUUGCCUCCGACAGAGCAUGAUACAGAUUUCAGCAUCACAAAAAAUGCAGCUUAUACGAUUUUUCUGUUGUACCUGUAAUAUUUUUUUCUUUGCAAAGGUUGUAUCUGUAAUAUUAAUGAGUGGAACCACAGUAAUACAUCCAUUUCAACUCUUUGGACUUC